AUGUCUGCUGCCGUCGAGAAGGUUUCCGAAGCCGUCAAUGACGUUACCAAUGCUCUGAGCAAUGCCACUAUCUCCGACAAGGCCGCCGAUAAGCCUGCCGCCAACAACGAUGCCGUCCUCGCCAGCGCUGCUGAGGGACGCCGUCUGUACAUCGGCAACCUGGCCUAUGCGACAACGGAGGGGGAGUUGAAGGAGUUCUUCAAGGGUUACCUUGUCGAGUCCGUCUCCAUUCCCAAGAACCCUCGCACCGACCGACCUGUUGGCUACGCCUUCGUCGACCUCUCCACCCCCUCUGAGGCCGAGCGCGCUAUCUCUGAGCUUUCUGGCAAGGAGAUCCUCGAGCGCAAGGUCUCCGUUCAGCUUGCCCGCAAGCCUGAGCCAGCUGGAGAGAAGACUGAGGGUGCCAACGGAGAGGGUGCUGGUGAGGGUAACCGCCGCCGCGCCUCCGGUCGUGGCCGUGGCCGUGGCCGCGGUCGUGGCGGCCGUGGUGCCCGCGGUGGCCGCAACGAGGAUGGUACUCCCAUUGAGGGCGCUGCUGCCGAGGUCCCUGCCGGCGCUCCCGCUACCUCUGAGGUUCUGCCUCUGACCGAUGCCACCAACAAGGAUGCCGCCAAGACCCAGAAGGCCGGCGAGUCUGCUGAGGCUCGUGCUCCCCGUGAGCGCCGCGAGCGUGGCCCCCCCGCCGAUGGCAUUGCCUCCAAGACCAAGGUCAUGGUCGCCAACCUGCCUUACGACCUGACCGAGGAGAAGCUCAAGGAGCUCUUUGCUGCCUACGAGCCUUCUUCCGCCAAGAUCGCUCUCCGCCCCAUCCCCCGCUUCAUGAUCAAGAAGCUUCAGGCUCGCGGUGAGCCCCGUAAGGGUCGUGGUUUCGGCUUCGUCACCCUCGCUUCCGAGGAGCUUCAGCAGAAGGCUGUCUCUGAGAUGAACGGCAAGGAGAUUGAGGGCCGCGAGAUCGCCGUCAAGGUCGCCAUCGAUAGCCCCGACAAGACCGACGAGGAGGCCAACGCCCCCAAGGAGGAGACCAAGGCCAACGGCACCCAGGAGGCUGCCACCGACGCCGCGGCUGCUCCUGCUGCUGCGGAGACCGCGGCCGCUGCUCCCGCCACCACCGCCUAA